AUGCUUCUUCUACUUACCAUCAUUGCCUUUUUAACAACAUCCGUUGUUGGUGACUCAUGCGAAUCAUAUGCACAUUCGAAGUACGGCAAAGUUGGUAGAUGUAUUCCAACUUCUAGUUGCGCACAGAGUCUUUACAUAUCAGAUUUAUGUGAAAGUCAUCCAGCUGAUAUUAAAUGCUGUUUGUCGGCAACAACAACUACUUCGAAUGAACUUUGUGGAAAUUAUGCUGAUUCUACUAUUUUCCCGAUUGCUGGCAAUGAUGGUAUCGUCUAUUCAGUGGUGAAAAUUCUAAAAGAACAUCUUUCUGAUCCAAGUAUAUAUUCAGCAGCACCAACAGAUAAAGACAAUACGAUGACUACAACAACAUCAUGUGCUUUUGAUAAGAUGGCUACAGCUGCCAAACAAGCAGGCGUCAUAAUCACCAUUUCUUCUGGUUUCAGAACAAUUGCUCGUCAACAAUACUUCUGGAAUUGCUAUCAAACUGGAUCAUGUAAUGGUGGUAAUCUAGCUGCCCGUCCAGGUACAUCAAAUCAUGGUCGUGGCAUUGCUUUAGAUUUGAAUACGAACUGUGGCUCUCAAUCUAGUACUAAACCAUCUUGUGGAGGAAGUGCAGUUUAUCAAUGGUUAUACCAUAAUGCACAUAAUUAUGGAUUUACACGUACUGUUCAAUCAGAACCCUGGCAUUGGGAAUACGUUGGUGCUGGUGCUACUCCUGCUGGAUUCUCAUAG